UAAUGUUAUUGUGGUCAUGUUCAUGUAGUGGUAAUGCCAUCAGAAGUGGUGGGGAGGAGGUAAACCGAGAAGGAGAGAGCGGCGAUGGGAGACUUCCGUUUGUGAAGGAUCUGCGACGAGAAAGCUGGUUGCGUUCGGUGGUGCUAUUGAAAAACACGAUGAAAAUGGCGUGGCAACCACAAGAGGAAGGACUUAGACAAAUUUUAACACUUUUACGUGAAUCGCAAAGUCCUGAUACAGCAACACAGCGUGCUGUACAACAAAAAUUGGAAGAACUAAAUAAAUUCCCGGACUUUAAUAAUUAUCUUAUCUUUGUAUUGACCAAGCUUACAUCAGAAGCUGAUGUGCCGACUAGGUCACUUAGUGGACUGAUUUUAAAAAAUAACGUGAGGACUCAUUACCAUAAAUUUUUGCCAGAAGUUACGAAUUUUAUAAAACAAGAAUGUUUAUCUGCGGUUGGAGAUCCGGAUCCCAUGAUUCGAGCUACUGUGGGAAUAUUGAUAACAACUAUUGCAUCAAAAGGUGAAGUAUCAACAUGGCCGGAAUUACUUCCAUCAUUGUGUCAAAUGUUGGAUUCCCAAGAUUACAACGUCUGCGAUGGAUCAUUCAGUGCAUUGCAAAAGAUAUGCGAGGAUUCAGCAGAAUUACUUGAUUCUGACACAGUAAACCGGCCUUUGAAUGUAUUUAUUCCUAAAUUUUUGCAAUUUUUCCGCCACUCGAGUCCGAAGAUACGUUCGCAUGCGAUUGCAUGUGUUAACCAGUUUAUUGUGAGCCGUUCACAAGUCCUGAUGCUGCAUAUAGACUCAUUUUUGGAGAAUCUUUUCCACUUGGCGACUGAUGAAGAUCCAGAAGUAACUAAAAAUGUCUGUCGGGCAUUCGUAAUGCUGUUGGAGGUUCAAAUAGAUCGUUUAAUUCCUCAUAUGCACAAUAUCAUUGAGUAUAUGUUGGUGAGAACGCAAGAUGAAAAACCACCAGUUGCCUUGGAAGCCUGUGAAUUUUGGUUAUCUCUUGCUGAACAAGAUAUGUGUCGUCAAGCAUUGGCUCCAUACUUACCCCGACUCGUUCCUGUGUUAGUUAGCGGUAUGAAAUACUCCGACAUGGAUAUAAUAAUGCUCAAAGCUAACGUCGAGGAAGAUGAGAUGAUACCCGAUCGGGAAGAAGACAUCAGACCGCGUUUCCAUAAAACUAAAACACACACACUCAAUCCAUCUACAAAUAAACAUUCUGAUGAGAACGGUGGUUACGACUCAGACGGCGACGAUGGAUGUGACGACGAUUCAAGUGUCAGUGACUGGAAUCUCCGAAAAUGUUCAGCUGCUGCUUUGGAUAUGCUUGCUGGAGUAUUUAGAAAUGAUUUGCUACCUGUUUUAGUGCCAAUUCUUAAAGAAACAUUGUUCCAUCAAAAUUGGGAGAUCAAAGAAUCUGGAAUACUUGCACUUGGAGCUAUUGCUGAAGGAUGUAUGGAAGGGAUGAUUCCACAUUUAUCAGAGCUGAUCCCAUACUUAAUCAAUAGCUUGAAUGACAAAAAAGCGUUAGUACGUGCCAUAACAUGUUGGACAUUGAGUAGAUACGCGCAUUGGGUUUGUGCUCAACCUCAUGAAACUUAUUUGAAGCCCCUGAUGGAGGAAUUACUCAAAAGAGUAUUGGAUGGUAAUAAACGUGUUCAAGAGGCCGCUUGCUCGGCAUUUGCAACCCUCGAAGAAGAAGCUGGUACUGAAUUGGUACCAUACUUAGGAUUCAUAUUAGAAACUUUAGUUUUUGCAUUCGGAAAAUAUCAACAUAAAAACUUAUUGAUACUUUAUGAUGCUAUUGGAACACUAGCAGAAUCUGUAGGACCUUAUUUAAACAAGCCAGACUACAUAAAUAUUCUAAUGCCUCCAUUAAUAAACAAAUGGAAUAUUUUAAAAGACGAAGAUAAAGAUCUAUUUCCCCUUCUUGAGUGUCUCUCUUCGGUAGCCACAGCACUACAAUCUGGAUUCUUACCCUACUGUGAACCAGUUUACAGGCGGUGUGUGUCACUAGUCGAACAAACACUGAAUCAACAUAUAGCUAAUACACAAAGUCCUGAACAGUUUGAAGCGCCAGAUAAAGAUUUUAUGAUUGUUGCAUUGGAUCUUUUGAGUGGACUAGCUGAAGGCUUGGACGGUCACAUUGAACAAUUAGUCAUGAACAGCAAUAUUAUGCAAUUACUUUAUCAGUGCAUGCAAGAUCCCAUGCCAGAAGUAAGGCAAAGUAGUUUUGCAUUGCUUGGUGACUUAACGAAAGCUUGUUUCCAGCAUGUACUUCCCUGUAUACCUGACUUUAUGCCGAUCCUUGGAGACAAUUUAAAUCCUAGCUUUAUAUCAGUAUGUAACAAUGCUUCUUGGGCUAUUGGUGAAAUCGCCAUUAAACUAGGGCAUGACACAAGUGUAUAUAUUCCAUUGAUAAUAAAUCAACUCAUUGACAUCAUUAACCGGCCAAAUACACCAAAAACACUUCUGGAGAAUACCGUUCCUGAUUUUGUCUUCUUCUGUGACGCUGUUGCGUCUUGGGUAACACCUAAAGAUGAUUUGAAAGAAGCAUUUCAAAAGAUAUUACACGGUUUUAAAAAUCAAGUUGGCGCUGAUAAUUGGAAAAGAUUCUCCGAUCAAUUUCCUAUACAGCUACGCGAACGUCUUCAUACUAUCAAGGCCGAUUGGGGAUGGGCGGGGAAUAAUAAAAUGGGUGAACAGGGUGGGUGGGUGAAACCACGGCCUCUUCUCAUCAAUAUCAUCUACUUGGUCGUCGUAAUCGUAUCAUGGUUACUGACGAGUCAACGUUCUGGCUUCGUCCUCGUGCUUGAGCUUCGAGGGACGACAGUAGUCAUGAUGAUUGGCUACGGCAAUGGAACUGGG